CUUCUGGUCAACCCCAGGACGCCAGGCAGAGGCCGGACACUUCCAAAGGUGCAGGAGCAAAGCAGCCCUCUCCAGCCGCACGCUGCACCUCUGCGGCUCGGGGGUGAGAUUAGGGUACGGGAGGGAAGCAGACAAGCAAUAGGGGAGAAGCUCCAGCGGUGGAGCAAGAAUCCAGAGAGGUUCAGCCGGGCAGAAGGGGCGCAGAGCCUUGGGACCAAGUGGAUUCUUGCCCUGCGGGUCCGGUGCAAGGCCCCAGCACCCCGGCUAAAUCUUUACGGCGGGAAUCCCGAGCUGGGGUCCUUCGGAGGAGACACAGAGGGUUCCGCAACUCGCCCCUUGCCCAGCGCCACUGACCUCUGGGCAGCGACAAGGAAGGGGUCCCGAUCAAGGACAAGGAUCUGCGGUCAUGGCCGAGGCAGCAGAGCCUGAGGCGGGUGCCCCGGGUCCCCAGGGGCCGCCAGAGAGCCCCGCGCCCCUGGCUGAGAGAUCCGGAGAGCCGGGAGCCGCGGGCCUGGGGGCAGAGGAGCGGGAGGCGAGCGAGGGCGUAGAGGAGGCGACGAGGGGCGCAGAGGAGGUGACUAGGGGCGCCGCCGCGGUGAAGGAGGUGGGAGGCGGCGGGCCGGACAGAGUCCGGGAGGCCGAGGCGCACGGCACGAGAGGGGCGCAGGGAGAGGCGGAGGCGGAGGAGGGAGCCGUGGAGGGCGCCGAGGUGCCCCAGGAAGGGGAGGAGGCGAGCGGCGCGCUGGAGGUGGAGGGGGCGAGCCCGGGGCGCGACGCGCAGGGCGAGGACCCGGGGGAGGCUCAGGGGGCGCCCGGAGACUCUGCGGUCACCAAAAGGCAGGAGGAGGCGGAGCACCGGCCCGAGGCGUCGGAAGGCAAUGCGCGCGGGGCGUCGGGGGACAGCGUAGACGCUGAGGGCCCUGCGGGGGACACAGGAGACGCGGAGCGCCCGGCGGGGAACAGCGUAGAAGCGGAGAGUCGGGCGGGGGACAGGGUAGACGCGGAGGGUCCGGCGGGGGACAGCGUAGAAGUGGGGGGUCCGGCGAGGGACAGCGUAGACUUGGAGGGCCCGGCGGGGGACAGCGUAGACUUGGAGGGCCCGGCGGGGGACAGCGUAGACGCGGAGGUUCGGGCGGGGGACAGCAUAGACUUGGAGGGCCCGGCGGGGGACAGCGUAGACUUGGAGGGCCCGGCGGGGGACAGCGUAGACUUGGAGGGCCCGGCGGGGGACAGCGUAGACGCAGAGGGUCGGGCGGGGGACAGCGUAGGCGCGGAGAGCCCGGCGGCGGACAGCAUGGACGCCGAGGGUCCAGCAGGAGGGGCACGCCAGGUCUGCAGUGAGCCGCAGGAGGGAGGGAACCGCAGCCUCCCGCCCCAGGCCGAGGCGAUUGAGGUCGCAGAGGGCGAGAGCGCGGGGCACAGCCUGGGGGAGCUCGCUGCGGACGCGGCGGAGGAGGCGGAGGCCCCAGGGGAAAAGGGGUCCCAGGAAGCGGCCCCCGGGGACGCCAGGGCAGACGCUGGCGAGGACGGGGUCGGGGAUGGGCCCCAGCUGGAGUUGGGGGAGGAAGAGGAGAGGCGAGAGCGGAGCCCGGAGGGGCCCAGCGAAGAGGCCUCAGCUGGGGGCGAGGAGGAAUCCCCCGACUGCUGCCCAGAUGGGGAGGCCUCCAGGGGAGCCGCGGAGUCCCAGGCCCAGCUCAGCAACCACAUGGCGGAGCGCGUAAACGGCAGCCGGGAGGACGGCGAGGCGUCCGAGGAGCGCGCCCCGGGGCAGGAGCACGACAUCACCCUCUUCGUCAAGGCUGGUUAUGAUGGUGAGAGUAUCGGAAAUUGCCCCUUUUCUCAGCGUCUCUUUAUGAUUCUUUGGCUGAAAGGUGUUAUAUUUAAUGUGACGACAGUGGACCUGAAAAGGAAACCCGCAGACCUGCAGAACCUGGCUCCCGGAACAAACCCUCCUUUUAUGACUUUUGAUGGUGAAGUCAAGACGGAUGUGAAUAAAAUCGAGGAGUUCUUAGAGGAGAAAUUAGCUCCCCCGUGGUAUCCCAAGCUGGGGACCCAACAUCCUGAAUCUAACUCUGCAGGAAACGAUGUGUUUGCCAAAUUUUCCGCAUUUAUAAAAAACACGAAGAAGGAUGCAAAUGAGGUUUAUGAAAAGAACCUGCUGAAGGCCCUGAGGAAGCUCGAUAAUUUCUUAAAUAGCCCUCUGCCUGAUGAAAUAGAUGCCUACAGCACGGAGGAUGUCGCUGUUUCUGGAAGGAAGUUUCUGGAUGGGGAUGAACUCACGCUGGCUGACUGCAACCUCUUACCCAAGCUCCAUAUUAUUAAGAUUGUGGCCAAGAAGUACAGAGAUUUUGAAUUUCCUUCUGAAAUGACUGGCAUCUGGAGAUACUUGAAUAAUGCUUAUUCUAGAGAUGAGUUCACAAAUACGUGUCCAGCUGAUCAAGAGAUUGAACACGCAUAUUCAGAUGUUGCAAAAAGAAUGAAAUGAAGCUGGGCUAUUCUCUGUCUUAUUUUUCAAUUGAAUGAGUGAGGAUACAAAAAGAGUGUUUUCUGUGCAUUUCCCCCAAAUAAGUCCUUCACAAAAUAACACCCGUAGUGGGACCCACUCAACCCUGAGUGAUAUAUGGCCUUGUAAUUUGUCAGCUCACUUGUGUAUCUGAAUAUACUAGUAUCUGUUGUUAGACACACCAGUUGUCCAGAUUAUGUUAAUUUAUAUCUGUGACAUUCACUGACAUUGGAAUCUAUGAUAUUUAGGGCAUGCAAUUUUCAUUUUAAGUUUUCAUUUUAGUUUGAUUUUCAUUUCAAAUUAGGUUUGGAUUCAGUUCCUUCAAUUUUUAAAAGAAACUGGUCUGUCUCUGAGAGUUUUUAUAAUCAUUGGUAGCCUUUUUUUAAAAAAUGAAAAUACUGUUUUGUAAUUACAAAUGGAGAUACACCUGUCUUAAUAUUUUAAAGCACUAUCAGAGGGUAUAAAGAAGGACAUUUAAAAAAUCACCUAAAAUGUCAUUCCUCUUAAUGACUGAUAACCUACUGGAGAACAUCUUCCAAAUCUUCAUUAUCUCAUUUGUCCUCUCUCUCUCUCUCACAAUUUCAUUCAUAUAUGGCAUUGCGUUAUUUUAUUUUAAAGGACUUGCGAGGGGAUCUUUUGGUAAUGCCUUGAUGAUCAUACACAGAGGACUUAAACCAUGCAAAAAGAUUGGUCACUGCAGUGCCAGAGAAAGUGCUUGAGGUUAGAUUUCAAGGAGUGGGGAAUUGUGGAGCCCACAGAUGUGCAUGCAAGGACCAGCAGGAACCGAAAGCCCUGGAUCACCCCUGCCCUGCCUCACUUCCGCUCCAGGAUGCCACUGCCUCUGCUGCCAGGAAAGGCAAGGAGGAGGGUGCUUAUCAGUGCCUCUGGUUCCAGCUUCCCGUCCUUGCUCCCUCCCCUCUCUUGGAGAUUGUGCCUUCAGCAGGACUCUUAAUAUCUGCUGCAACUUGGGGAACCUCCCUGCCCUGGAACGUGAACCAAGCAUACCUUGGUUCCUUCUCCUGGCUGCUCUCUCUGAGACCCAGGGCUGGAGUCCCUCAGUGCUGAUGGUAUCGUGUGGGGCUAACGUGGUCACUGUUGCUUCUCUGCCCUUCAUUGUCUCAUCUAGACAUCAGGCAGGGAAAAUCCAGGGAGAUUAAAUUCAUGGUGGCAAGUCCUGGGCAGUUCUGGCAAAUGGUUCAGUUAGGGAGGAAGUAGAAACUAUUGACUCAGAAGAGUUUCUAGCUGAUCUGUGGCUUUGCCUCCACCAUCCCUAACCAGCCUCUCAUCACAGCUUUGUGUGUGGGCUGGGUGCUGGCCUUAACCCCAGGCGUGGAAGAGAAAAUGUGAGGUCAUUCAGAUACUCAUCAGGACCUCACAUGAGCUGAGUCUUAUUGCCCAGACUGUGUUCCUCUGACAUUUGCACACAUCUUACAGAAAACACUCCUUGUAGAGUUGGUUGUGGUAUGUGUUUGAUGCUAUAAAGCUCCGUUUUAAUGUGUACACCUGCUCUAGGGGUGAUUCGUUUGAAAGAGAGUAAGACACAUUAACAGAAACUAUCCUGGGAUUAGGUGAAAAAAUGUCUAGCAAAAGAAACAAAGUCUGUAACAGAGUGGACUCUUUCUCUCCCCACUUGUGACUGCUGCAGUUUUACCCCAGCAACCGCUGUCUUUGUUAACGAGGUUUUUGGAGGUUAAUUCCAGCAUGUGUCACCCUGUCCACGUUGUUUCACAUCUGGUUAGGGGUCAGAUUUUAAAAUGAAGUUUUGUAAUGUUACAUUUAAACAUGGUAAAUGAUUAGACUCCCAGAUAUUACUAGUGCUAACUUUGUAUUCGUAGACAUUAAAAUGAUUGACAUAAACACUUUGUGACUUCAAAAUGAAACAAAUUAUAAAAAUGUUUAAAUGGAACCAAA